ACGCACGAACGCGGUCGCAGUGCCAACGUCUCGCUGGUGGUUCUGAAAGCGCGAGCAUUUCGAGCGUGCUAAUUCGAUCGGCUUUUCUCGACCACUUGGAACUUGGCCGGGUUUUGAAUUCGGCAGGAACGUCGAAGUUUGGCCAUUUAAUGUAAUGCGUGUGCUGCAUCUUGCAAUUUUGGCGAGAAAAAGUCGUUCUCGUUGGUACUCUGGGGUUUCUUGGCGGACUUUCUCGAUCUUUUUCUCGAGACCAACAUGCGGGGCUCAGUCAAUGUUUUUUGAGAACGGGGAGAAAUUUCAGAGGUGAUUCUUGAGCAAAAGUGUAACGAACUCGUAAAGUGCGUCGAGUUAUCCGGGUUUUAUCGUUAUCGUUUGUCCGCAAUGGAUUCCGCACCGGCGGGAGCGACGCGGAUGGGAAGCCGUUCAUCGACUAGACACGGGGGUCCUGCUCAGGUCUUUGUAGGGCCGGUGCGGCGCUGGCGUAAGGUUUGGUCACCUGUCAGCUCUUCCUCUCCGUCGCCUUCAGCUGCUCGUGUUCUCUUGUACAAGUGGAACCCUCUCACACCAUCCACCGGAGGAACCGGAGCAAAGGAGGACUCUACUUCAGAAGAGCUUACGACCAACACUUCAAGACCUGUCAAGUACAUACCGAUUCAGGUCUUGAUUCAGAAAGACGAACUGGCGAAGAAAGCUGCAGAAGAGGCCGAAGCACAGGCACUUGUAGAGAAGGAAAGCCAGGAACCGAAAGACAGUACUUCUGAUAUGGCUGUUGAUACUAUGCAGCUUGAUUCCACUGCAACCCAUGACAAGGAAAUAAAAUAAAGCCUCCGAUUACUGUAUUCUAAACGAUCAGGGCUUUUGAUCGCAGAUGAUGUGAUUAGAAACUAUCAGAUGAAGGAGGAGCUUCCAUUGGUUUAUUUACCUUUCUCCAUUGUUUCCUUCCCUGCCAUGCAAGAGCUUCAACAAGAGUAACAUCGAGAUGCUCACUGAAAGCUCGAUCAAAGACGAUCGAAGAUGAAGGUAGGGGAAGUACUAAAAGUACCGAACUUGAACAUUUGGGUAGCGCAGAUACCGAAACUUAUUAAUGCAUUAGCAGUUUCCACUGCGUUACAUGUGAUUAUAUGUUGAAACUUAGAAACCACAAGCUUUCCUGUAUUGGUGUGGUAUCCAGAAUGGUUUUCUGCAUAACAAACUAUUUUAGCUGACAUUUUGAUAACUCAGUCAGCUUCCAAAGUGUAGUCAGUCUUCUCUUCAGACUCUUUUGCUUUCAAAUCUUUCAGUGUGGGUAUUACGUGACUUUUCAGUUGUACAUCAAUGCAGUAUCGUUUACCACUUGUCACAUAUUAACACCGGAGCCUCUCUUUGCAGUGGGAAGCGUGACUGGUGAAAUGAGACGGCGUGGCUUUUUAGAAUAUGUAUAUAUGAGGUCAAGUCCUUUGCCAAAAAGGCUGGAUCCUUGAGCGCCCGCUUGGAGCCGCUCGUAAUUUUUCCCAACAAAUUGUGGUUGCUCUGUUUCAUGCAGCUCUUGCCCAAUUAGUCUCACAUUGCUUUUUGUGGUUAGGUCAUUGUAGUGAAACUCUACACUUUUUGUUGGCAAAUGUCACGGUUGUAUGUAUAUAUGUAAGCAAUAUGUAUGUCUUGCAGGUUGUGUAACGCUGGAUGUCUGGAGUGCAACAAACAGCUGUAGGGGAGGGUUAAGAAUUGCGUGCCUCUCCUUUCAUGUUAGUGGGUGAAUGUGGAUAUCAAAACAACCAAUGUCUGAAACCUGCUCCAGCGAUAUAAUGGACUGGUCAGAGGCAUUGAAUUCUUGUGUGUUAUUAUAUAUCAGUGUUCAUUCGGUAACUUUUUUGGUGUUUGGUUUACUCUUCAUGUCUGCAAAUCAUCCUACGGAACGACUUUCGUGGUCAAUCUAGUAAUCGUGUGCAGAUUUUGAGGUCAAGUCGAACCAUUAAAGAGGGCAGUACUUCACUCGAAUCAUCAUAAGCUUGAAAGAGUACGUGAAGUCAAACUAAAUCUCGGAUAUCUGCAUGGUCCGACCCCAUCCAGUGUUCAAGUUGUGGACUUUCCUCACCUGGCAUUCGCAACACUCGUUAUGAAUUCAAGCGGCAGGCUCUCUUGAAGAGACGAAACCAGCGGCGCAGACCUCCUGGGUCAGAUGUUUGGCCUGUGAUUGAUAAAUUUUCAUUCAAGAUUUAUUGGAGACGAAGAUAUUCCACUUGGUGAUGCACUUGCACUGCCAGGAAUAUGAGUCCCUUCAUUUGGUAACAAUGGGGCAAGUGACAGCACAACUCCAGUGCGUUGUCCAUCUAGUAGUACCUAGACGCAACAGAGAAUCCAGUCAAACACCAGUCAAUGUCUUGACACGACAGACGCAAGCAGGAGAAUACUUCGUGAUGACCAAACAUGAAGUGAACACCAGUUUUAAAAGGGUAGUGAAUCAAUUAUAAUGCAAGGAUUUGCCGGGAAAAAGCAUUAUCCAAUAUGAUACUUUAUAAGUUCAACCUCCUUCGAUGCAAAGGAGAAACGCUCAAUACAUCUAUGAUCAUUUUGAGCCUCGAUGCUAUAUUUG